AUUGCUUCGUCUUCACAUUGGGAUGCCACAUCAAACAUUAAAGUCUUAAAAUCCUGGAGAGGCCCUAAAGAUCCGUCAUCAGGGAAAUUCACCUAUGGGGUGGAACGUAAUGAGCACGCGCAGAGUAUCAUACGGAAGAAAGGUGUGCCAACAUUUCGGAAUGAUCCGUGGAACACAAUAAACGACUUAGAGGAAGUGGGAAAUUUAAUGUACGUGACAUACAUCGUUACCGUGACCAAAGAGGAGGCUACAUAUGUGUUCAGUAUCGCGAAUGAGACUUUUUUCUCAAUACUUAGAUUAUCAUAUCGAGGCAUGUUGAUCCGGUCUACGUGGAUUCCAAAACCACAAGAAGUGUGGAAACAGGUAGUUCAUAUGUUUCCAGACGAUAUGUGCAGUUGGUACAACAAAUGUGGAGCGAAUGGUCUCUGCAGUAGAGACACAUCACCGAACGGCAAAUGCAUAGAAUGGUUUGAGGCAAGGGACAAGGAAGCAUGGGAUCUGAACGACUACACAGGUGGGUGUGUGAGGAAGACAUCGUUGAGCUGCUCUGGAGAUGGGCCCAUUACAAGAUGAUCAAGCCCUCAAGCAUUUUAAUGGGUAUACCCAUUACAAACAAAAGGGACGAAGCCCAGGUCAUUGAAGAGAAACAGAGCCGGCGAAAGAGCGCCUUUGGAAACAUGCAUAGGCGUUAUCUGUCGGAGUGAUCACGGAGGUAGAUGAUCCGUCAAGUUGCAAUCCAAAUUUGGAAGAGGAGGAGGCGAAAGAUGGGUUCCUAUGGAAAGGGACAACAGAGGGCCAUCACUUAGCUCGAGUAGCAUGGGAAACUGUAACUUUGUUGAAGGAGGAAGGAGGUUUGGAAAAUCGUGAUCUGCACCAAUGGAAUAAAGCCUGUACUUUGAAGCUUUUCUGGCUCCUGUUCUUCAGAUCAGGAUCAAUAUGGGUCGCCUGGUUCACAAAACAUAUCCUCAGAGAUUGCAAAAGUAAUUUUUGGACAAUCAAGGAGAAGCAAUCACACUCUUUCGCCAUCAAGAAACUACUACGAGUUAGAGAGUAUGCUUACAACUGGAUUCACAUCAAAGUAGAAGAUGGAGCCUCUACACGGUUCUGGUCUGAUAAUUGGAGCCCCUUUGGCAACGUCAAGGGUUCUUCAACAUAAACACGGCAUCAGCCCUGGGAAUCUGCCAAAAGGCAACUCUGGCCGACAUACACUAUGAUGGAGGAUGGCAACUUCCAGCACCUCGAUCGGAACCUCAAUUGGCUCUCCAUACAUUCCUCACUACCCUCACUCUCUCUCAGGCGCAGGACAGAUAUGAAUGGAGUCAACCGGGAAAGCCAUUUUCAACCUUCAAGACUGGACUGACCUAUAAUCUCAUCAAGCCACAUUCAAACCCUGUCUCCUGGUCCAAGAUUGUUUGGUUCUCCAGAGGCGUUCCUAAACAUAGCUUCCUUGCGUGGCUAGUUACUCUCACCAGAUGCCCAACAAAAGAUCGUAUCAUCAGCUGGGGUCUCUCUGCUAACCCUCUCUGCCUUCUAUGCAAUGCAGCGAAUGAAUCCAGAGAUCAUCUUUUCUUCGACUGUCCCUUCUCCUUCGCUGUGUUGGGUACCUUAGCGCGGAAAGCAAACUGUUUGACAACUCCCUCUUGGUCUCAGACCCUUCACUAUCUGGAAAACCGACCGUGUCCUACACAGGAAAGAUGCCUCGGCCUCCUAGUCUGGCAAGCCUCGAUCUACUUUAUAUGGACUGAGCGAAACAACAGACUCCACCGUCAGAGCUUCCGAUCGCCAUCUUCCAUCUCCACCACCGCAGCGUCUCAGAUAAAAAACAAAAUAAAAAAAAAAUAAUGUUGACUAUUGGCAUUGCGCUUCUUUGCACUAUUUUGGUGAUGUUGUGCAUUUGGAAACGAAAGAAGAGAGCAGCAAGAGCAUCUAUUGCAGAAGCACCCAGUGGCGGAGGUAGAAUUGUGUUUCACAAGGGUCAAUGCUUAUGUAAUCAAAUGAUCAAACAUAAUUUUUUAUUGAAAAGAUGCAAAUAGGAUGUUUAGACUUAGAUCAUGAGGGUCAAUCAUACAAACAUUAUACCAAAUUGUCUAUCAAAUGCAAUUUGUAUAAGCAUAAAAACAAAAUUUGUCAAAAAUCACAUGGGUGAGUUGACCCUCCUCAUGACAAGGUGGUUUCGCCACUAGAAGCACCUGUUUCAGCAAUUAUUGGUAAUAACCUUUCUUUCUAAUUUUUAAUCUUCUUUUCCGUCUAAAUGAUAUUUUUUGUUUAUCCGCAUGGUCAUAAAUAGUGGGUUUACUGUGUGCACCGAUGGAGCUAGUAAGCGUUGCCACCGCCACGGAUAAUUUUUCUGAUUCUAACAAGAUCGGACAUGGGGGUUUCGGCACUGUUUAUAAAGUUUCUCUCUCUUUCUCUCUAUAUAUAUCAUUGUUUAAUAAAUUCCUUGUUACUCAUCAAAUACGUACACAGGGGAUGCUAGAUGGGAAAGCAAUCGCAGCUAAAAGGCUUUUGAAGGAAUCAGCUCAAGGCAUUCAAGGCUUCGCGAACGAGGUGAUGAUGAUCGCUGAGUGUUCAACAUGUCAAUUUAGUACACGUCCUUGGCUAUUGCGUAGAGGGCGAAGAAAUGGUAAUAGUGUUUGAGUACAUGGAAAACUCAAGCCUUGAUACGUAUGUUUUCGGUGGGUCUACCUCUUAAUUAACUGAAUGCUAUUUAUAUUAGGCCUGUGACUUUUAUCCGAGAUCCGGAUUUCCGAGAUUCGAUCCGGAUCCGAUCUGAAAAUCUGGAUAUCCGGAGGGGCUGAAUCCAGAUCCGGAUAGUAAAAUGUUGGAUCCGUCAAAACCGGAUCCGGAUCCGGAUACCUUAA